AUGGACGAAGAGGAAGAGCGGGUGAAAAGCUCCGGUAAUGAAGCUGCUGCAGGCUGGAAUGGUCCGGCGUAUGCUGUGGCAGUGGGGAGGCGAAUGGGCGUCUUCCGAACUAGCCGCGAGGCACUGAAACAAACUCUCCGUUACUCGGGGAAUAGCCUGAAGAAGUUUUCAACCUACGUUGAGGCCGUCGAGUUCUUGGAUCGCCAUAACUGGCGCAAGAUGCCUCAAGAGACUGCGCUCAGCUACGAUGACAUGAAGCUACCGGGAAAAGCUGACCUUAUCGCCUUCUGCCGUGGAAGUAGCGCUCACGACUGUGAAGGUAACGAGGUCGUGCAGUUGAUCUGCAAGUUUCCAGUCCACCCAGACUGGAACGUCGAGGAGACUCUCAAUGACCCCGAUGCUACGACAGCGCGGGCGGGGCUUCUGGCCGUGCUGGAGCUUCUGAAGCGCGCGGCGCGCGAGGACCCGGACUGCGAGGCGGACGUAGUUGUCUUCACGAUUGAUCAACCGCUGUUUGAUGCCGUUAGCGAGUGCGCGCGCGCUGGCUGGCAGUCCGUCCAGGGGGAGCAGGAUCUACUCAAGCGUAUUGCCAAGGAGAAGAUGGGGCGCCGCAUCAAGCUUCUCCACUUAGGAGGCACGUGCCUCUGGGCCUCUUGA